CAAAUCCUCAAAACAGCCACUCCACUAUGCAGGAACACGUUCAGUUUUUUCCGUUUUUGAUCAGUUAACGAAUCGAUAAGAACAUGUCGCAAAACAGCCCGGAAGCUUUGGAAGCGCAGGCUAAGAAAGAAAGAGAUGAAACGCAAUUGCGUUUGUCGCUGUUCGUCUGUGCCGUUGUUGCAAUUACAUGGUUCCUGGGAGCUUAUGGAUUUUCCUUCGUAUGGGCAGGGUUUAUAAUACCAUUGAUAUUUACAGUAUGGUAUCGCAAAAAUUGCCGCAUUAUAGACGAUCGUGUCAGAGAAGCAGAAAUAAAAGUACACCGAAGAAAGGCCUUACGGGACGAGGAGACAGCCGAAUGGCUAAACUUUGUUUUGAACCGAUGGUGGAAUUUUAGUGAAGUCUCCCUUUGCAACCUUGUACGCUCCAGUUUGAAUCCUGUUUUGGAGUAUAGCAAACCAUCGUUUAUAGAGACUAUGGAACUAACAGAGUUCAGUUUUGGAAAGAAGACGCCGUGUCUGAAAUAUGUAAAAGUGUUUGAGAAUAUUGACGAGAACGACUCUCCGGAUAUCCCUGCCUCAGAAUCAACAGCGUUCAACCCACCGAAAGACCUGGCAACAAGGCAGAGACAUCUAUUAGUUCUUGUUAUGGAUCUGUGCUUACACGCACCUGACACAAAAAUCGCUAUAAAAGUGAGAUUGGGUGGAAAAAUGGUUGGUGCAGAUGUUGAUGUCAGUAUCGAGGACUUGUCGUUGUCUGGUCGUGUUCAGAUUGUGUUUGAGAUGGAUCACCUUGUACCAUUUCCACACAUGAAAGCUGUCUCGGUGACUUUCCUUGAAAAACCAGAUGUUGACUUUGAUGUUCGAUUGAUGCGCGCAGUACAAGUGAUGGAUAUCCCCAUGCUGAAAGAUUUCAUCAAUGCCCUCGUUAUGGACAGUUUGACUUACGCACUGGUUGAUCCUGGAAGAAUCGAAGUUCCUCUUCAUGGUGUUGAUCCCGAUGAACUCCUCAGCGCAGCCAAGAAGUCAACUUACGCUGAUGGACUAUUAACAGUCACAUUGAAGGGUGGAAUGCCUCAAAAAUAUACAGACGAUCAGAUUUGGACGUCACUUCAAGUUGGUAACCUUGAUGAGAAAAAUACUGAGAAGAUUCAGGGUGGAACCACAUUCGAGGAGUCAAUAUCCCUACUUAUCUAUGACCUUGCGAAUGAUAAGCUUAAUAUUGAAGUACGCGGCAAGAGGACUUUUGGAACUAAAUAUUCGAUUGCAAAAUACAAGAUGUACCUAGGCAGCCUCGGACUGGAAAAGAAGAAGAAAGUUGACACAACUUUGAGUAAGGAAGGAAUAAAAGGAUCCAAGUUGGAAGUCACUCUGGAGUACACUCAGUUGAAGCCUUAUGAAGUCAGCAGUCGCACAGAUGAACAGGAAUUCCUUGAGAAAUACCACAAACCUACUGAAGAAAGUCCUGUGUCCGGUCUUCUUCUCGUGGUCGUUCAUGGCGGUGAGAAGCUAUUGUCGAUGGAUGAUGACGGGUUCAGUGAUCCCUAUUGCAUUAUAGCAGCUGAUAGAGAAAAGAUAAGAACCACUCCUCACGUCUCGGGAUCUGUCAAUCCUGUGUGGGAAUCUGUGGUGGAAUUCCCCGUCAAAGACUUUACAAAGACCAAUGUUUCCUUUCUGGUGUAUGACCGUGACGUAAACUGGCAGGGUCAAUCCGAUGACUUUAUGGGAUCCUGUAACCUGCAAAUGACUUUGGAUGAGCCUGCAAUCAUCAAACGAAAGUUAGAGUUAAAGUAUAAAGUGUUUGGAAAGAAGAGAUCAGAUGACUCUAUCAUGAAGGCAGGCUCACUUACAGUUUCAGCGGUGUUUCAACCCAUCGAGUCGGUCACCAAAUCAGAGAAAGAACCUGUCGCUGAUGGCUUAGUGGAGGGUGAAGAUAUCGAUGAUAUAAAUGAACACGCCAAAAAACACACCAUGAAGAGCAGUAUGAAGAUCAAAAGACAAGUUGAGGAAAUGAUGUUGAUCAAAGAGCUUGGUGUUCUAGUGAUAACACUUCUCCAGGGUAAAGAAAUGGUUGCCAUGGACAGUAAUGGCCUUAGUGAUCCAUUCUGUGUGGUGCGCGUUAACAAUGCAAAGAAGUUCAAAACCAACGUGGCGUAUGAAACUCUGUCUCCGGUGUGGAACGAAUCCGUCUCCAUAGCCAUGCCACAAGAAGGAGAUAAGAUUUCUUUCGAUGUCUUUGACAAAGAUGUUUUUCAGAAUGACUUCAUGGGAUCAGUUCCAUUGACCGUCGAUGACGUAAAAGAAGCUGCUAAGAAAAGAGAACCUCAGUGGUUUAAGCUUCAAGAGGCUGACUCAGGAGAAAUUCAACUUCAAUUCAAAAUUUCUAGGCCGGGCGAGCAGGAAGAGGCUGAGAAAGCGGGGGAAAUGCCGUCACAACCGGGAGAAAGCGGAAAUGACUCGGGCAUCAGUGAUGCUGGGGAACAGCCUGAGGCACCGAAAGACGUAUUUGAUCUUACACUGAACAAGAUGGACGAGUACGUAGAAAGUCGGAUUCCACCUUUGUUUUAUAGCGUGUCAGGAGAAAUCAUUCAAGCUUCAGAAAUAACAGGUUGGGGUACAUUCCAGAUUAGAGCACGGGUUGAGAUUCCUCGUCAUGGCCGUAAAAGCAGUGUCAAGUAUGAAUACAUUUCAAUGUGCACCACUCCCCAACUUGCUCCUGAGAGUGGAAUGGCAAAAUGGAAUUAUAUCUUCCAAACCGCGGGAGGAACAGCCAUAUCAAAUGAAGCAGGAUUGGUUUUUGAACUGAGAGACGCCAAGAAAAAAGUGGAGGGGAAAGCUAGGAUCUCGAUGCAGGACUUCUUCAAAGAUUUAUUUGUCAAGAGGGAAAGAUCAAACACUGGCAGCGGAUCUGAAGGAAAAUAUUCAGAAACCAAAUGGCUCAAUCUUGAAAACGACGGAGUGCCCGUUGGUCGUCUUCAAGUAAUGAUGUCAUACUCAGACACUCCUGAUGCACCUGUAGCCCCGACUACGCUCAAGAAACGCUCCAUAUUGAAAAGAUUUUCUUCAAAUUCAAAUCUUUAGCUCCGUCUGCAAAAUAUAUGUGGGGUAAAGACUGUUAUAAUAUUAUGCGUUGUGCACGUGGAAUGAAAGCAGUGGUCAAAGGAACUUAAGUUUGAGACAAAUAAAAAGAGCAUAGUUUGAUUGAGAGUUGUAAAAUUUGUUGUCAAUUUUUACAAUGAAAAAUAUUCCGAGUGGCCACUAAGAACUAAAAUUAAAACCGUGGAAAGAGGGGGAAAGUCUGGUUGCAUUAAUUUGUUUGAAGGACGGUUUGGUUUGAAGGAGUUUUAUUGACCAAUCACAGAGUGAAGUGAAUUUAUGCCAAUGCAAUCCCGGAUUACCAUGAACACUCAAUUGAAAAUUAAUUUAUGAUAGAACAAAUUUUCAAUUGAGUGUAGAAAGUAAUCUCGGAUUGUUUUUGUUUGCCUUAUUUCGCCCUGUGAUUUGUCAAAAAAACCUCGCAUCACCCUCUCGACCAAUCAAAUGCAACCCUAAGACAAGUCACGACUCGGUCGCUCACGUUUUCCUGCGCUUUAGGCAGUUUGGCAGUCAUGAUCCUCUUUGGUUCAUUUCUUUAAUUCUGAUUAGCUGUUGUGACUACGUUGGUUUUGUUUUUACGACUCUCAAUCGAAAAGCGCUUCAUGAUACAAAUCAUACACCGAGUGCACGAGUCGGGUCAUUAGUUGUACACUGGGGAAACGCAAAUUUUUCCAAGUGUUUAAUAUUUUCUUAUUAAAGGGGAUUCAAAGUAGAAUUUGUUUUAUAUAUUGAGCUAUAUAGACAUGUAUUUUAUAGACAAAAAGCAACUCUAGUGCAAAAACGUGAAAUCAAAGCCUCUUGAAAACGCGUAGAUAGCGAUUCAUAAUUUUUGCAAUAUGUUUAAUCGAAGUUUGAAAAUAUGCAAAAAGCCUGCCAUUUUGAUACCGCCGAAAGAUAUCAUUGAGAAAAUCACAAAUCGUGAUAUGACUAUAAUUGUUUGAUAUCAGGUCUUAUAAUUACCGCAGGGACACCGAGCAAAUUCAGAAUGGUACUGUACGGUUUUGUUCAUAUCUUUCGUUAUGAUAAGCGAUCUAGAAUGAUUCUGAUGUUUAUUCAUCUUUAUUGUGAAUAAUUAAUUUAGGAGAUUCUUUAACAUAGUUGUAUAGGGCAUAACCCAACAAUAUGGAGGUGCUUUGGAAUUCGA